CUUCUUCUUGACUUGCUUUUAGCUGCGUCUUGGAUAGUUUUGUUGUUGUUGGUGUUGUUGCCUGGAAGAUUUUUGACGCUCAUCGUUGUACUGGAAGUCGUUCGAACACCUGUCUGACAGGUCAUAAACGGAAGUGGGUUUGAUUUCUGGUGUGUGUGUGUCUGUGUGUCUGUGUGUGUGCGCGCGCGGAUUUCCAGGCGCAAGUACAACUGUGGAUUUCUCUGACUGUUGCUUUGGAGAAGAAUCCUGUCACUGGGGUGACGCUCCACAAUCCGCAUGGCCAACAUGAAGCCACGCAGUGAGGAUGAGGAUGAUGACCGUCAGUCUAAAGAGACUGACACCGAACCCAAGAACUCAAAAAAGUUGCUCAGCAAAGUGAAGUGGUCGAGAGAAGAGGACGAGAGGCUCAAGAAGCUUGUCGAGCAGCACGGUACAGAUGCAUGGAGAUUGAUCGCUAAUUAUUUCCCAACGAGGACAGAUGGCCAGUGUCAACACCGCUGGCAGAAAGUUCUAAACCCAGAACUGGUGAAAGGACCCUGGACAAAAGAGGAGGAUCAUAGGGUAAUAGAACUGGUGCACAAAUACGGGCCGAAGCGCUGGUCCGUCAUCGCUAAGCACCUACAGGGCCGUAUAGGCAAGCAAUGUCGAGAGCGCUGGCACAACCAUCUCAACCCUGACGUGAAGAAGUCCUCCUGGACUCAGGAAGAGGAUCGCAUUAUCUACGAGGCACACAAACGGCUUGGUAACCGCUGGGCUGAGAUCUCAAAGUUGUUGCCUGGAAGGACAGACAACUCUAUCAAAAACCACUGGAACUCCACAAUGCGCAGGAAGGUGGAGCAGGAAGGUUACCUGCAGGACGGCAACAGGAGCUUCAGUGCUGAACAGCCACAGAAGAGACGCCAUAAAGGCUGUCAGUCUGUGGAGCAAUCGCAUGUCGAUAGCCAUCUGCUAGUCAGCAGUCAGUCACAGGUAGCAGGAUAUAUGUAUGGGUCUGCAAAUGGACAGGGUAUGGACAGCAUGACAGAGAGUUCGAGCUUUAUGUCGCCGUGCCAUGACGAUCCCGACAAAGAGCAGCGGAUUAAGGAGCUAGAGCUGCUCCUUAUGUCCGCUGAGAAUGAAGUCAGAAGACAGUCCGGUCCUUGUAACCCAGAAAGCUACUCGACCUGGUCAGAGAGUCUGGCGGAUGAUACCAUAAGUACCACAGGGACUUCCGAAGAGUCAGGUGUUGAGGUGGGACGAGCAGAGAAGAGCCGUGCUACUCCUGUACCACUGCAUGUUUCUCCCAGCAAGUUUCUAGCAGUGGAGGCUAGCGCUGUGCUCUCUAGUCUGCAGACCAUUCCUGAGUUUGCAGAAACGAUAGACCUCAUCGACUCGGAUCCUAUGGCAUGGAGCGAGGUGGGAAGUUUUGACCUAUCCGUCAGUCCUCUGAAACCCCCUGUCCUUGAUGACGCAUACUCAGCUCAAGAUGAGGACACAGAGGAUCUUGGGUACCCUACUCCUGCCCCUGCUCUGUGCAGGCCCCGUGCUGGAAUGAUUCAGGAGAAACACGUUCCUCAUAGCACUCGCACUGUGGGCAAAUUCAACUCUCCUCCACUUGGCCUAUCAAGGAAGAAGACGAGAGAGAGAGCAGACCAGUCACCUAGUGAUGAGGCAAACUGUGGCUCUUUCACAGACAACAGGAAUUCUCUGAAAAGCACACCAGUUAAAGGACUUCCGUUCUCACCCUCUCAGUUCUUCAACAUAUCUGGAGCUGAGCAUAUAAACCUGGACAAUCCUGCACUAACUUCCACUCCGGUGUGCGCACAGAAAAACUUCUCCAGCACUCCGCAGCAGAGAGAAACCACACCCAAACAUCAGAAGGAGAAUGCUGGUUUCAGGACACCCAAAGUGCGCAAGUCUAUAAUGGUUCACACUCCAAGGACACCCACUCCAUUCAAAAAUGCCUUGGCUGCCCAGGAAAAGAUGCACGGGCCCUUAAAAAUGGUGCCUCAGCCACUGGCUUUUCUAGAGGAAGACAUUAGGGAAGUGUUGAAGGAGGAGACAGGGACGGAUAUUUUUAUUCAUGGACAGCCUGAACAAAGAGCGUAUGAGGUGGAGGCUCCAGCCAGGAAGGUGAGGAAGUCUUUGCUGUUGGACAGUUGGGGAAAAGACUGUCUCAGUGUGCAACUGUUUCCUCAGCAGCAGAUUAGCAGUAGCACACAGUCUCAUAACGAUGGCAUGUUGAGCAGCACAAUUCUGAUGACCCCACUGACAGAAGGAGAGGAGGAGCUCAUCUGUUCCCCAGGCUCACUGAAAAUGGACUCCCAACUUCCCAUCUGCCCUCUCAGCCCUCAGGCAAAAAAGGAGCUCCUUACACAGCGAAGCCCAGUCUACCAGGCCUCCACGCAGGUGAGCAGUGAGUGGGAGACAGUGGUGUUCGGGAAGACACAGGACCAGCUAAUCAUGACUGAGCAAGCAAGACACUACCUGAAUUCCUCCCAGCUGCCAUCAUGCACCUCCAGAGCUCUGGUUCUGUGAGGUCCAGAGCUCCUUUCUGCUCCCUACAGCAGCCCCCUCAUUCCUGGCACUUCACUUUUAGACAAUCUGGUGUAGGAAACUAAACAUUCACCUUUUUUUGUACGUGUGCUUAAGACUUACAGCGUAUUGCAAAGUAUUUAAAAAAAAAAAGGCGCAUUAAUGACUCGAUUUUGUCACUAAAAGAACGCAACCAGUCUUCCUGUUAAGAUUACACUUUUGUGAUGAACAUUCUAGAUUUGUUAAUCUAGCCUAAGGUGAUUCGUUGGCCGUCUUGUGUAACUUUUAGUGUGGAGUAUUAGGAGAAGCCAAGAAGAUCUUUUUUUGCCUCAGCUGUUUGUUACUGGAGUGUAGAGAAUUUCACAUUAAUGACCUUUUUUUUAAAUUAUUAUUAUUAUUAUUUUGCCUCUUGUCAUGUCAGGUCCAGAAAAAUGAGGAAAUUCCAAAGAAAAAGAUUUCUGGUGGAGGUCAUCACUGGAAGAAAACGGGAAAAAAGGCAUGCGCAUACCAGUUAGUCCUUUUGGGAUUUUUAACAUUUUACUUUACUAGAGUUUUUUUUUUUUAAAGCAAAAAUAGUGUCUUAAGGAUCGAAGAGCACUAGCAGUGUUGCACUACUGAUUGUGGGUAACGGUAACGGUAAAGGGGAGGGGCUCUAAGUGUGUAGAGGGGAACUGGAUAGCACUUGCAAUGUGACUGUUUCAGCUCGACCCAUGAGGGUUCUGCUCCAUGUUUUUUGCUGAGUUUGACACUCACUGAAUGUAUUGUACAGCGUUUAACUUCUAAAGUAGCGUCGAACGGAAGGGUAUUUUAGAAAGGGUAAUAAAGUUUUUCUUUUUUUUUUUGAUUUUCUAAUUUAUUCGGUUGAUAUAAUUCGAGUUGUUGAGAUGUUUAUUGAGCACCUGGAUUGUCCAGUUUUUGAAACAGACCUACCUUUUGCUGACAGACACAGCAGUGACUGCAGCCUAAAAGCAAAACCAACAACUUGCAUCCUAGCUGCUUUAGUUUUCAAACUGAAGUCGUAUUCGGUACCGAUUUUUAAUAUGCAGUCUCACACAAGUAACACGUUCCAAGAUUAGAUGGAUUUAUCCAUCAUUUAGGGCUGUAGGAUCUAUUUAUUAAAUCUUUACUAAUUUAUUUAUUUCAAAAAUAUAAAGAGAAUUUUAUUUCUGUUAUUUACAAUAUUUGGCUACCUUCCAUCAGAAGUUUUAACAACAUACACUGCCAGUUAUCAUUCUUUACUAAUUGCUAUCAAUCUAGCAUCAGUCUAGUCAUCUCCAAAGUUCAAACAAGUUGAAUUAUACUACAGGUAGAAACAUUCAGCUUCUAAAUGCUUGUGUAGGCAAAUUGCACUUUUUAAAUGUUGUCUGUUUUUUAGUCUUUUUCUUCGGCGUCUUAAUUUUUAAUUUUUUUUUAAACAAAAUCCCCUAAAGUGUUUACAUUUUCAGUCUUUUUGUGAUGGUGAUUGAAGUGGCCGAGUUUUUUUUUUUUUUCUUCUUGUACAAAUGAAACACUGAUAUUUUUAAUGGACUAAAAUAAGAGUUCCUUUCUCUCACUAAGUAAUUCUUCAGGUGAAACCGAAGGCUGUGCUGUAGCUGAGAUUCAGAAAAGAAGUGAACGAAACACAAGCACAGUCCUUUGGAGAUGUAGAACAUUUGUACUGCUUGAAUCUAACUUUGGUGUUGAAGGUUAUUGAGAAUGUUUUUAAUUUUUUAUUUUUUUUAUACCGGUUAAUGUGAAAUUAUUCAGUAGGUUUUUAAAGGGUCUACAUUAAGGCAUUAUAAUUAAAGCAAGGCUCUGUGAUGUGCUAAGAGCUUUUUUAAAAAUCAGUUGGUUAAUCCAACACUGACACCCUGUCAUCUGGUAGCAUUUUUGCGAUUUUAUUUGUACAAAAAAAAUUUGCGAUUCCCAGAGUUCAUUUAAAUAUUCACCGCAUUUAAUAGCAUUCGAUUCAAUAUUAUUUAAAGUAACAGUGCAGGUAACAGCAGAGUUGUGAGGCAUAUGUGUAUAUUUCUGUCUUGUUUUUAAUGUAGCUGUAAGUUUAUGUGUAUAAAAUCUUAUUUAACACUCAACCACCUAAUCGUAGGCUUUGAAGGAAAGUAGAUAUAUGUUUGCAUGACAAACCGUACAUUCAUCUUAUCUGACACAUUUUCACAAGCAAGACAUUUUACUUCCAACACUAUUUUGCUCAGCAUAUUAUCGCCUGCCUCUCUGAAUCCUGCCAAUAAACAUUGUGACCCUUGUAUUUAUUGAGGGGGGAAAAAAAUAAAAUGCUUUGUUCAAUGUA